GUCAGGAGGAGGGACACUACUAUCUAUGUCAGAAGAGCGAUUUGGAUGGUGUUUGGACAGCGUCUGACUCCUUGAAAGGAAUGCCUACAAAGUGGUGCGAACCGGAUCAUAGUAACCAAACUCUACAUAAAGAAGGAAUAAUUAAAUCAACCAAGCUGUUCAAUUAUUCUCAGAGAGUGUCCAUAGGGCUGUUUAUUACCCUUGCUUUGUUGAUAGUGGUCUACAUCGUUUUGCUGAUUUAUGUGGGUUGGCAAAAUGAAGAGAAGGAUCAGCAGACAGAGAACAAUGCAGAAAGAAUGCCAUUGAAUCAACAGCAGUCAGACCAAAGUGAAGGGGAGUCAUUGAGAUCCCCAUUGCCAUCCCCAUUGCCACUCAAUCAGGGUACAGGGGGAAUGCAGCCUGACGUGGACUGUGCUGUUCCAGAGCAGCAAGCACUGGAGGCUCAACAGGAGGGGAAUGGGGACUGGCAUACCGAGCCAAGCCUUGAAACCGGAGUGCAGAACCCAGAGGGAGCCAGUGAGGCCAGUCAGGGUACAGGGGGAAUGCAGCCUGACGUGGACUGUGCUGCGAGGGAUGUGUCACCAAGUGCAUCGCCAGUUGCUGAACUGCAGCUGGAGGCGGCAUCGGCGGUAGCUGUUCCAGAGCAGCAAGCACUGGAGGCUCAACAGGAGGGGAAUGGGGACUGGCAUACCGAGCCAAGCCUUGAAACCGGAGUGCAGAACCCAGAGGGAGCCAGUGAGGCCAGUCAGGGUUCAGGGGGAAUGCAGCCUGACGUGGACAGUGCUGCGAGGGAUGUGUCACCAAGUGCAUCGCCAGUUGCUGAACUGCAGCUGGAGGCAGCAUCGGCUGUAGCUGUUCCAGAGCAGCAAGCACUGAAGGCUCAACAGGAGGGGAAUGGGGACUGGCAUACCGAGCCCAGCCUUGAAACCGGAGUGCAGAACCCAGAGGGAGCCAGUGAGGCCAGUCUGCAGCCUGACGUGGACUGUGCUGCGAGGGAUGUGUCACCAAGUGCAUCGCCAGUUGCUGAACUGCAGCUGGAAGCGGCAUCGGCUGUAGCUGUUCCAGAGCAGCAAGCACUGGAGGCUCAACAGGAGGGGAAUGGGGACUGGCAUACCGAGCCCAGCCUUGAAACUGGAGUGCAGAACCCAGAGGGAGCCAGUGAGGUGGGGAUGGGUGAUGGUGCCCGAUAGGGGUGUGAAGCGGAGCAAUCAUUCGCAUUUGUAUUUGUAUCUGUAUGUGGAUAGAACCAGGAAAUGAGUGGGGCUUAAACCGGAAGUGCAUUCAAAUUAUGUUGAAAUUUAAAAAAAACAAAACCCUUUUAGCAAAUAACUACACAAAUGAUCAAAUGUCUGGUGUAAUAUCUGCUUUAUAGUAUGAAUUAAUUCAAUUAUUAACAAAAAAUAAAUGAUUACAUAGUUAAUCACUAUCCAUUAAAUAGAAAAUGAGUUAGUUAAUUAGACCUACGAGAUAAGUAGAAGAGAAAUAUAAGGUUGUUGAUGAGCAAUUGCGUCAUUAUUUUUGAAUUCCUUCCUUGACAAGGCUACUUGGUGCCUAUGGAUCAUCUGAGUUAAAAGGGAAAUCCGGUGAGUUUCCAUAUAGAUCUCCGCUUCAUGAGGACACCGGGUGCUGUCGGUACAAAAAAACCCCGAAAGUUUGAGUUUCUACAGUCAGCAGCUAAUGCAGCCAGGCAGCUACAGCACUACACUCUGUGGUAUGUAAAUGAGAGCUCAUGGAUAUGCCCCCAGAGUGUAGCGCAGCAAGCUGCCUGG